UUUCAUUCUCCGUCUCCGUUUUUCGUUUAUUUGCUGAGUUGUGAGCAGCGCUUGUUGCGAUCACACCUUGCGUAGAGUUUUCACGCAUACUCGCGGAAUUGUUUGAAAAAACGCGAAAGAACUGUGAACUUCAUAACAAUGUAAGAAAGUUUUGUUCGGAGUUUGUUGUAGUGUGUGAAGUGCAGACUGGACCAUUUUGGAUACGAAUACAUUGUGCAGAAUUCAUAAAUGCUCGAUCGUGUGAGAUUUUUUUAGCUGUGGACAGACAGGUGUGGUAGCAUGCACGGCAACAGUAACGACCGCAGGGCCCUCGAAAGAGAGGCCCUGCGAAACGUCAUCAAUCAAUGGAAUGCGAACCGAUUGGACCUCUUCGAAUUAUCCGAGCCGAACGAGGACUUGGAGUUCCACGGCGUGAUGCGCUUCUACUUCCAGGACUCCGGCCAAAAGGUGGCCACCAAGUGCAUCCGCGUCGCCUCCGACGCCACCGUCGAUGACGUCAUCGGCACUCUAGUGGAAAAAUUCCGGCCGGACAUGCGCAUGCUCUCGGUGCCUUCGUACGCCCUCUUCGAGCUGCACGAGGGCUGCUCGGAGCGCAAGAUGGCCGACGACGAGAAACCGUUGCUGGUGCAGCUCAACUGGCACGUGGACGACAGAGAGGGGAGAUUUCUCUUGAAAAAUGUCGACGACAAGACGGUACAUUCGAUGGGCUCGAUGGACUCGAACGCAAGUUUCCGAAGGAAAUUAUCGAAGCGCGAAAAAAAGCAACUGAAAAAGCAAGAAAAACUGUCCAGGAUGAAAAGCGAAAAUGGUGAUAUCAACGACGACGGCGUAGCCGAAAAAUUAUAUACAGAACUACCUGAGACUUCAUUCACGAGGUCAAUAUCUAAUCCAGAAGCAGUUAUGAGACGAAGAAGGCAGCAAAAGUUGGAGAAGAAAUUGCAGCAAUUUCGAUCCAAAGACGGUGGACCCGAUACCGGCGGCACCCUAAAAAUCUACGGCGAGGCCCUCUGCAAAGACGUGCCCUACAAGACGCUGCUGCUGUCGAUACGCGACUGCGCAGGCGCCGUGGUGCGCGAGAUGCUCGACAAGUACGGUCUGUCGCGCGCAGACCCCUCCCAGUGGUGUCUCGUGCAAGUGACUCAGCAACCGGGCACCCCCGACGUCGAGUACGUUCUCGACGACGACGAGUGUCCGCUCAGCAUUCUGAUGACGUCGCAGAAUAGCGGCUCGAUAAUGUUCCACGUGAGGCGGCGGCCGGCCGACUGCGCGCCGCGCAAGCGCAAGAAGAAGCCGGCCGGGGCGCUGGGCGGGCAGCAGGCGCAGGGCGGGGGCGGCUUGGGCGGUGGGGGCGGUUCGGGCGGACGGGCGGGCGAGUCGGCGCCGGUGCUGGUCGAGCUGGGGCCGGACGGAACGACGGCGCACGCGGGCGACGCGACGCGCAUGAUCCGGCUCACCAGCGACGUCAUGGAGGUCGGUUCGGCCAAUGGCAUCGCCCUGCAACUGUACGGCCCGCACAUCCAGCCGCGCCAUUGCGUCAUUGCGUCAGGCGCCGCUUCCGACGGCGCCACCACGCUGACGCCGUGCCACGCCGACGCGCACACCUACGUCGACGGCAGGCGCAUCCACCAGACGACGCCGCUCAGGCACGGCAGCGUCGUCAAGUUCGGCCAGCACAGCAACGCCUACAGAUUCUUGGAUCCACAGCACGAGGAUCGUGGCAGGCCGGCCUUUGGAGCGCUAGAUGAAGGUGUUUCGGCGAGGGUUUACGAAAGCCGUUCUCCGCGUCCAUUGAGUCCUAACGAUCAAUCUAGAGACAACAUCGAAACUACUUUCGAUUUGGAUGGAAACGUGGAAACUAUCUCGACCGCCAGUGGCACCCGCGAAGACAACAGAUCUUUGGGAUCGGCCUCGGAGAACAGGUUAAGUGGCCUCGAUCGUUACCCCCGCGGUCACGACCCCAUCCUGCCUGCCGUGCUGGAGUUCCCCGAGGAGCCGCAGGAGCAGUUCCUGGCGCGCGUCAUCACGCAUCUGGACGUUGGUCAGCCGACGUUCCGUCUGGCGCCCGCCUAUGCGCUCUACCUGUGCGCCAGGUACAGGGCGUCGACGCACUACCGGCCCGAGCUGACGCCGACCGAGCGGGCGCAUAAGUUGACGGGGCUGCUGCAACACGCCGCCUUGCUCGUCAGACACACCGUCCAAGACAGGAGCACCGAGAGCGCAGCACAAGCCUUCUGGCUAGCCAACGCCAGCGAGCUCCUCCACUUCCUGAAAUCUGACCGGCACGUAGGCGCUUUUUCCCUACAAGCCCAGGAUGCCUUGGCUGACGCCGUCCAGCUGGCGUUUCGGAAUCUAGUGGCCUGCCUCGUCGACGAGCUGAAUUCGGCCAUGGGUGGGCUGAUGUCGGUGGCGGGCGACGAACAUCCCAGGGACGUGGUGAAUGUGCUGAGCGGGGCGAUGAAUUUGCUGAGGCGGUGCAGGGUGAAUGCCGCGCUGACGAUUCAGAUGUUCUCGCAGCUGUUCCAUUGGCUGUCGGCGAAGGCCCUCUCGACCAUCAUCAGUAACAGCAACCUGUGCACGCGCCACUUCGGCGGCCGACUGCACCACAGGCUGCGCAGCCUGCAGGCGUGGGCGGAAUCGCAGGGCCUGGAGCUGGCCGCCGAAUGCCAUCUGGCGAAGGUCGUGCAGUGCGCCCACCUGUUGCAGGCGCCGAAGAGCGCACCAGAAGACCUCGCCAGCCUGUCGGCGGUGUGCUUCAAGUUGAACUCGGUGCAGAUGGGGGCGCUGCUCAUGCAGUACAAGCCCGAACCGGGCGAGACCCUCGCUUCCCCCUCCCUUCUCGAGCAAGCCGCCAAGGCCGCCGAGGGCGUGGCCGACGAGCUGGCGCGAGCCGAGGGCCGCGAGGUGCGUCUGCACGACGACCCCUCGCCGCCCGCCCAGCUGCUGCUGCCCGACGACGGCUUCAGCUGCGACGUGGUGCAGGGCGUGCCGCCUGGAUUGGCGGAUUUCCUGCAGCCGCUGCAGGCCGCCGGGCUGUGCCGGUUGGCGGCGCAGCCCACGAGUUCGGGCCGGUGGACGGUGUAUAUGUCGGCGGCUCGGCCGGCGUCUGCGUUGAGUGCCACACAACCGGAGGUGCAGGUGAUCCGUCUGCACAAAGCGGGGGGCGGCAUGGGCCUGUCGAUAGUGGCGGCCAAAGGCGCCGGCCAGGAGCGGCUCGGCAUCUACGUGAAGUCAGUGGUUGCUGGCGGGGCGGCCGACAGGGACGGCCGCUUGGCCGCCGGCGACCAGCUGCUGGCCGUCGAUGGGCACCCGCUGUCCGGCAUCACGCAGGAAAGGGCGGCCGAGUUUCUGCAAAGGACGGGUGCUGCGGUCACGCUGGAGGUGGCGAAAGCGGGGGCGGUCUAUCACGGUUUAGCGUCGUUGUUGCAACAGCCUAGUCCGACGCCGCAUCGGGGCCCGAGACGGAUGUCGGAACGCGACCUGCCCUCUAAGGUCGACCAGGAGCGCACCAUCCCCUCCUCCAAGUCGGUGCCCGCCCUCCACCAGAUCCACGCCCUCUCAGCCGCCGACCACGCCCCCCACAACUUCCACGCCCCUUCGGUCGUCGACCCCGCCCCCCACAACUUCCACGCCCCUUCGGGCGCAGACCCCGCCCCCCACCCUUACGCCAGUCGCACGUCGUCCAGCAACAGCAUCAACAACAACGGAAAUGCGCCUGCGCUGCCGAAUGGGGCCGGUGGCGCGUAUCAGACGGUUAAUGCGGGGUUGAGGAGCAGGUCGACGCACAACUUGCACCAGCAGGACGGCGGGUUCUAUCAGAAUUUGAGCGUGUAUAGGAACAAGGUUCCCAGUCCGCAGCAUCUUGGUGAUAGGACCUCCGCAUUGCGCAGCUCCCAAAACUCCCUCCACUCCUCCGUCGCCAAUUCCCAACGCCCCUCCUCCGCCUACUACCCCCCACCAGCGUCCGCCAACCAGCGCCCCCCCAACAACAACCUCCACCAGUCCAUCCCCAAUCUGAAAAGCCCCCCAUCGACACAUCGGCUGCCCAACGAUCACGAACACUCCAACGGCCGUUCGGGCUCCUACCCGAACGUGCUAAACUACUACCCCGCUCAGGGCUACGCCAAGACCGGCUUCCCCAGUCCCGAGGAGGUCAAGAUGGCGUACGGCUCGGCCAAUCAGACGUACGGUGCUCAGGGUUACGCGAACGGCGGGCAGAUGCCGUUGCAAGUGAACGCCGGCGGGCAGAUGCCGUUGCAAGUGAACGCCGGCGGGCAGAGGCUGCCAGAGGAGCGGCCGCAGCAAGAGUCGCGGUUCGGUAAUGGCGGCGGGUUGCUCAGGGAGGACGUGUUCAGGCAGUCGCAGGCUUCGCGGCACGACGAGAUCAUGAGAUACCCCAGCCAAGGCAACAUUCGCAUCUCCGACGCCCAGAUCCAGCACAACGCCCUCUCGAACAACCCGCCCUUCGACUUGUCGCGCCACAAUGAUAUGCGCACGUCGAAGAGCGAGGACGCCCUCAAACACCACGCCCAAUACCCGCCCGGCGACAUGACGAGGUACGCGAGCAGCGGCAACAUCAGGAUCGAGCCGCCCCAACCACAGCAACAGCAGCAACCGCCUCGUGAACACCAAUUCGCCCAAGACAGGCACUUGAGGGGGGCCGCCAAGUUGGCGGAAAUGUCCGAAGAGGUGCGCCGAAGGCAAAGUAGGGGUCAGUACGCCCAACAACAACAACAGCAGCAGCAACAACAACAGUAUUACAUGAUGGCGCAGAAUGCACAGAGCAUGCAGAAUUUGAGCGUGAGCGGGGCGCAGCUUCAGCAACAGGUGGGCGGGGCGCAGCUUCAGCAACAGGUGGGCGGGGCACAGCUUCAGCAACAGAUGGGCGGGGCGGCGUACCAGCAUCAGCAACAGAAUCACGUGUCGCCGGCCUAUAAGGUGGCCCCGGUGGUGCCGAAAGCGACGAGGAAGGACGACCACCCGCCUUUGCUGCCCGAUCUACCGCCCACGGCCACCCACCCGCUCUACUCGCCGACGGCCGCCCAGCCGCCCCCCGCCCGCGACCCUUGGGCGAGGGAGGAGCGCGAGCGGCAGCAGGAGGCGCGCCGAGAGGCGGCCAGGAGGCGGCAGGAGGGGCAGCUGCGCGAGUUGGCAGCGAUGCCGUUCCGGACGGCGCAGCAGGAGGAGCAGCUGAGGGUGUUGAGGCUGGAGAGGGAGUUCCAAAGGAGGGCGAUGGAGGCGGCGGAGGAGUUGGACGACGAUGUCGACAAGGACAGCAGCUCAUCCCCGCAAAUCUCGCCCACCCAACCACCCACCGUCUCUUCAACCGUCCCCCCCUCCACUUCCGCCCACCCACCCGCCAAACCGCUCGACCAGCCGCCCUCGAUCCUCAAGCCCAACCACGCCAACGGCGGGCAGCCGUCGCCGCCCGAGGUUGCCCCCGCUUCGACGAUCCCGCCGCCCCCCGAGCGCGGAUCCAGCUUCGCCGUGAUGUCGAUGCGGGCAAAGGACACGACGAAGCGGGUGUCGUUCAACGACGCUUCCGGGGCGGGUAACGGAGGGGUGGCGGUGCCGCCCACGACGCUGCCCAUCGAGGAGAACGUCAGGGAGGAUCCGAACAGCUUCAUCCGGCAGGCGGAGUCGAUGCUGGCCUCCCCCACCACCCCAACUGACGCCUCUCCCGGCAGCGGCGGCCCGUCAGCCGUCGCGACGCCCGGAGUGAUCGGCGCCCAGGAGGUGUACCGCGACCCGCGCACGCGCCGGCUGGCCGAACAGGCGCAGCGCCGCGGCGACCAAUCGCAGGCCGUGCCCGAGAAGCUCUCGUUCAAGGAGAAGAUGAAGAUGUUCGCUAUGGAGACGGGAGAAAGGGAGACGCCCAAGGACAAGAGCAAGAUCAGCAGGGCGCAGAGGGAUAUCGAUAAUCUGGGGUCGCCCAGUAUGGUGCACUAAAGGGAAUACAUAUUGGGAGGGGGGUAGUGCGGUGGGUUGGGGGAGGUUUUCGACCAAUCGCAGGCCGUGCCUGAGAAGCUGUCGUUCAAGGAGAAGAUGAAGAUGUUUGCGGGAGAUGCCCAAGGACAAGAGCAAGAUCAGCAGGACGCAGAGGGAUAUCGAUAAUUUUGGGUCGCCGAGUAGUACACUGAGGGGAUAGUGAGGACGUUUGUGGACAAGUAGGUUGCUGGAAUUAUGGAGCGAUUUGAAGUUUGAUUAUGUUUCUUUGUCGCUUUGACUUACCUGAACAAAUAAACAUAGAGUAUUUUGUACAGGUUUCGAGUUUUGUAAAUACCGAAUGUGACUACCAUUUUAUAACUAUUAUUGUUCACCAUUUAUAUACACAGUUACUGAAAUUAUCAUGCAUACUAUGAAAUUGUUUCAUACAAUUGAGAGAAAUCAAUAAAGAACCUUCAAUGUCAAACUACACACACCGGCACAAUUAGGGUAACGGGCAAACUUCACACUAACUUUGACAUCAAUUUCUUCUUGGACCCACCGC